CGGCCAUUGAUACCAAGUCACGAGAGAUUUUCAGAAAUAACGGUAUGCGUCCGAGUAACGGUCCCAUACGUAGUCAUACUCAGGCCCAGUGUACAUACAUGAUGCCAGAAGUAUUUGUUGUCCAGCCUUUGGUUAUUGCGUCCUUCGUGCUGGUAUCGCCUGUGCUAUCAGCGUCACCUGUAAUCAGGAAGCGACACCAGGGAGACGACAACAAGAAAGGUGAGCUAGUAAGAGAGGCGGCCACUCAAUCAGCGGCCGCAUGUGUUGAGCGUUUCGGCUGUCUUUGUAUGCAGCCCCCCUGCUCCCCCUCUGUGUUCCUUCUGAUCCGUCGUUUGCGGGCAGAAGGUUCGCCGUGUGCCAUGAAGACGGGUCCCUGUUCUUGCCCGAACCGCGUCCUGCAGUCCGGCUGUCUGUCUCUUCCACGUCACAUCCCCCUUACGAGAGGCACCCGUAUCCGACAUUCUAUCUCAGUGGCUCAACAUCUAACGCUACCUUCGACUUGGUCAAUGAGAGUCCUGAGAGGUCGUCAGGCAGGCUCUAUCCCAAACUGGAGGGCGACGCGGAGGCCUUCACCAUUUCUGUGUCUGGGAGGGAUAAUCACUUUAUCGAGGACAUCAAGCCAAAUCAGGUUGCCAACAUCACUGUCAGAUGGAACGGCGGUCAGACUCGAGAGGGAGAGGGGACUGGACAGGAUGAUCGCGAACAAGGGCCGAGGACCAAUGUUGCCUUCCUUCGCAUUUCGAGAGACGUGCGUGAGUGAGGCUGACCUGGAUAGAAUUAUCGAUUUGUCUUCCCUUUGUUGGCGCAUCUUCUCGGCAUCAGGUGUGGGUGCUUCUUAUAGGAAGAAUUCAGCCUCCACCAAUGAGGCCGACAGGUUUCUCAGAGAUCGGCCUUCCUCGUGGAGAAUCCCUACCUGCCUUCCUCGACAACCUGGUGGCGGUCGGCAACACGGAAGCGCGGGAGCCUUUGGCAGCGCUUCGUGCAUCCAUCGAACGAAUUGUCGUGGUAGGAACAUCGUCACCUGCAACCGAGGUACGCUGACAGAGUCAGCUGGACCCUCAUCUCGAUGGCCUUCCAUCGCUGUGUGUCCUUUUCUCGGUCAAGUAUUCACCUGUUCCCCGUCGUCCCAGCAAGGUUAUGGUGCCAGAUGCCGUCCUCGCAGCCCUUGUUCCUCGCGACUCGCCGCCAGUCUUUCUAGCACCGGACACCCUCCUUCAUCCUGUCAUGACUGUCCACAGGGUCGCAGUGGAUUAUGACGGCGAUGGCCAGGAGGCACUUCUACUUGACGUAAAAGAUGCGACUAAUUUCAAUCGACGGUUCGUGCGCACCGUGUGACUCGACCGCCUGUCUGCCUUGUAGGCCACUGGAUCGCAUACGCACGAGUGGGGGGGAAGGGUCACACGGUACAUAUUCGAGGUCGACGGAAGUGUUCAAGAGGAGACUGUAAGCGGAGAGGCACCGGUGGUCGAAUGUGAGAAGGUUCGGCUUCUCGUUCUGUUGCAGGAAUGCCCUGAAGAUGAGAAAAACUGCGUGCGGGAGUUGUUUCCAUCACUUAGCAUCGGUGAGCACACGUCAAGGUUGACCAUUGGAGACCAAGAAGGGCGUUUGCUAUCCGGAGAGGACCACGUCGUCCAAGUCACGACGAUAGAUGAGGUCCCGGGCUGUGCUCUCUCACUGUAUCCCGCGGACACGGGCAAAGACACUGUGUCGGAGUGGCUGCAUAGCAAUGCCGGGGCUCUCAUUUCUGAUCCAUUGCACCAGAAAGAAGAGGCCCUGCGGCCUCAGUGGGUGACCGCCAGUAUCACAGCUGCUGGCGACGGGCGAGACCCAGACGCCCCGCAACCAUACGAAUCGUGCCGGAUCGUGCCCGAUCGAGCGGAUUCCUAUCUUGAUUCACAAUUCAAGGAACAUAUGAUCAUACGGGCCAUGGUCGGAAGUGGGAGGAACGACAGAUGUUAGGCGUCAUUUCUCACAUGGUCGUACUCUCUACUGCUGGCCUCUGUGUCAGGGAACGAUCGAAAUACUCGAUGACGGGUCCCUUGACUCGAUGAAGCUGGAUGUGAAAGGAGGGGAUGACGUGGCGGUGUGGAUCAAUGGCAAGGAAACACAGCUCGCCAAUGACACUCGAACGAUCCACCUGUCUCGGCCCGACAAAAAGGAUUACGACAAGCGAGUGAGUUUCGAGGUCCGGUGGCUUGUGGGGGAGGCGGGAUCGUCGCCAGAUGGCGUGCGGCUUGAGGUCAAAGGAAAGAAUCGUUGGUACAUGACCCACGGCCAGCUUGACUGGCCGCCUUUCAUCAAUAAGGUAACUCCAGAUGUGAUGUCCCCGAACGGUGGGCAAGAAAUGAUUAUUCAUGGAGUAGGCUUCCUCAAUCCAAAGGUAUGAAGGUAUUUCCUUUUGACACGCUAACCACAAAGCAAUACUCGUUGCUGCGCCUCCUUCUGUUCAGAGUUUAAAGACUGCGAAGCUCCUCCUGAGUGGCCGUAUGGUGAAAAGAGACGAAGUGCCAGACGGUGGCAGAGCUGAGGCAGGAGUGCUGGAGUGGAGCGGCACACAAAUCACGUACCGAACACAUCAGGUCAGACUCCACUUAUACAAAGGGUGGGUCGCCGUCCUAUUGUCUUUUUCUCUUACAGAUUGACGAGACCGGUUUGAGUCACCUUCAAGUCGAGACAAGCAGCGGGAUAUCCAAUGCGUACCCCGUGAAAGUCUCGGCGGCUGGGCAAAUGGACGACAUCAAGUACAAGUCGCCAAAAACACUUCUCAGGGGACUUUUUAGUUUUGUGGAUCGGCACGCAGCUCAGCAGGAGGAGAGCAGGAUCCUUGAUCGAUUAUUUGACGAAGAACGGUCUGGUGGAGAACAGAACACUCGGGCAGAAUGGCAAAAAAAGAGAGAUGCCGUUGUGGGUGGCUUCGGAUUGAGAGGUGCAUGGGGUCCUGAUGCGAAGACCUUCUACGUAGGGACAGCUGAUGGAAAUCUCAUGAGUGUGAGAUUCACGGCCAACGACGAGAUAGAUCCGCAGUCUCUGAAGUUCCACGACACGAUCAAGAAACAAUACCCCGAUCAUUCCCUUAUCGGCAUCGCAUGUAUGUAGCAGGGCUCGCAGAUAAAAGGAGGGGCUUGUGCACAUCGACCGACUCUCGUGCCGUUUCUCUGCGGUGCUCUGCAGUCGACCCACUUCGCGAUCCGUCCGAUCCGCACCUAUACGUCUCACACGCACCCAUAUAUUACUGGGCAAGCGCAAAAGGCCCACAAGGAGCACGGCGAGAGCCUCUCUGUGCUAUAUGGCUUCAGUGGAGGAAGGGCAUCACAUGCUUUGAAGGAGAGAAUGGCUACGCUGCCUUUAUGGCCAAGAUCUCUCGUCUGACUGGUCCUGACUUCUCGGUCCUGGAGACGGUUGUGGAGGGCCUUCCCAAUGGGAACAGUGACCAUAACGUGAAUGGCAUCUAUUUCGACAACGAUGGCAGUCUGUACGCAUGCUCCGGGAGUGCGACGAAUGCCGGAUGGCCGAGUAACCCCUUCCACAAUACUAUCAUUAUACUAUUGUCAUAUCAUCACCUCAGACUGUAUGCUCGGUGGGCUGCCCGAGUCGCCCCUGACUGGGGCGCUCCUGAAGGUACACGAACAAUGGAGGAUGCUGAAACUAGUCAUGCGAGAGGUGCAUUGAUUGCCAUUUGGUUCCCCAGAUAGAUGUUCGCAAUCCAAAGCUGACCAAUAAGAUCGAGUAUGUCUACUAUAAGACACGAGAACUUGUUGAGAAGCCAAAUCAGGUUUGCCAGACAGAGGAAGGCUGACUUGUCUCGACUUUUUGACGGUCUGCAGGUGGAGGGCGAUCGCUAUGAUCUGGCUGAUUCUGCGGUUGGCAUUUUCAUUUGGGCCAGUGGCUUACGGAACAUUUAUGACGCUACCUAUACAACAAAAGGUGCGCCCGUGGCGAGUCGUUGUGUAGGUACAUGAGGGGAUUCAGGUAUGUCUAUCGGUCUUUCCGUCUGUCCGUGUGAAAAGGCGAAACAUAUAUUAUCAUGAACGGUAAAAGCAUAGAAGCACCAGGGCAACAGGAAACACGCAGUUUCUUUUGUGCGUGUGUGUGUGUGUGUUCUUUUGUGUGUGUGUGUGUGUGUUUCUUUUUUUUUGUGUUUCUUUUUUCUUCUGACUGCAUUAGGCCCCAACAAUUUUCUCGGAAUGUGUGUGAACGGCGAGCCGCAAAGCAAUGGCUGUACUGCUGCGGACUUCGACACAUGGUAACCAUAAAUCGUCGACCGCAAUGUGUGUGUCUGUGGUGUAUCUGCGGAUUAUGUUCUCUUCUGCUCAUGUUAGGGAUGAGAUUGAAAACCUGAGUGAACAAAGGAUUGUCCGCAACCCUCUUUACCUGCCCAAACCUUACAAGGUGCCGAGAAGCGACAAGCUCAAGAACUGCCAGCCAGUCAUACGCCCACAUUUCAAGACGCCCGAUAGGAUAUUUCGAAGUUUCGAGGGCGCGCACCACGGUCAUCCUAAUCCAGCCAGAGCGAGAAACACGAAUGACACGAAACAGUGGUAGGCAACCACGUGUUCAACUGGUAUUGUCAGCUAUUACGGGACCUGCCGAUGGUUGUGAUUGGCUAGGUACCAUCACGUAUUGACACCGGAUAUGGAAUACACUCCAGGCUGGGAAAUACCCUCGCCAACAGUACGCUGAAAGAGAAGAGCGACGGUAGCUCUCUGUCCGAUCAUUAUGUACAUGUCGCUCUUUCGUCAUAUCAGACGGGAAUCAGUGAGUACCGGGGGACGUGUUUCGGCGGAAAGCUCCGUGAUGAUAUGCUGGUCUCGAGGUGGAGAAAAGGAAUCUACUUCCUCGACUUGCCCGACGAUGAAAACGCCAAUGAAAGCAUUGAGUGGGUUGAAACAUCUCACAGUUCACAGUAACUUCUGUAUGUGUGUCCAUACAAUACAGGAUCCUGACGAGUGACACCGGAGAGCAGAACCUUAACAUUGUCUACGGACCCGGUUGCUCGAUAGUCAUCGUGUCAUUUGUCAAGGAUGAGGUGACGAUCAUCACUCCCGAGGAGGAAUCGCUGGAUAAGUUCGAAGCGGAGGAGCUAGCGGCGGGCACUGCUGUAAUCUACGACAUCCUACCAUGGCGAGCACCUACACAAUUCGACAUUCCCUUCACCGUUGGAGGACGCAGAUUUAAGAAAGAGAAAAAGCCAGCCGCGGUCCGCAUAGGUGGCGUCGAGGCCGAAAUUAGUUCGUUUGAUGACACCCGCAUCGAAGGGAUUAUUCGAGCAGGGCAUACGAGGGAUAAGCCCGCAAAGAAACUCGUUGAUGUCGAAGUCAUCUUCUCUGAUCAUACAAGAGCACUUCUCAAAGAAGCGUUCAUGUUUCUCAAUGCACCUCCGCAGUCAGACCAUGACUUGUAGUGAGUAUGGAUUGUUGAAGCAGCAUAUCUCUAAGUUUUAAUAGUUGUUCGGA